UGCCCGCGCUCCUCUGUCGCCCUCGCCGCAGCCCGGACCUCGCCCGCCGGCCCGCGCUCGCCCCCGCCAUGCCCAACAUCGUGCUGUUCAGCGGCAGCUCCCACCACGACCUGUCCCAGCGGGUGGCGGACCGGCUCGGGCUGGACCUGGGCAAGGUGGUCACCAAGAAAUUCAGCAACCAGGAGACCAGUGUAGAAAUUGGUGAAAGUGUGAGAGGGGAAGAUGUAUAUAUUAUCCAGAGUGGCUGUGGAGAAAUAAAUGACAACUUAAUGGAACUACUCAUCAUGAUCAAUGCUUGCAAGAUUGCAUCAUCCUCCAGAGUGACUGCUGUAAUUCCAUGUUUUCCAUAUGCCAGGCAAGAUAAGAAAGACAAGAAGGGGUCCGUGGAGCGUUGGAGUCGUGCACCAAUCUCUGCAAAACUUGUUGCCAACAUGUUGUCAGUUGCAGGGGCUGACCACAUCAUCACCAUGGACUUACACGCUUCUCAGAUCCAGGGUUUCUUUGACAUUCCAGUAGAUAACCUGUAUGCAGAACCUGCAGUGCUACAGUGGAUUAAAGAGAACAUUCCUGAGUGGAGAAAUUGUAUCAUAGUCUCACCUGAUGCAGGUGGUGCAAAAAGGGUUACUUCAAUUGCUGAUAGACUGAAUGUGGAAUUUGCUCUCAUUCAUAAGGAAAGAAAGAAGGCAAAUGAAGUGGACAGAAUGGUCUUGGUUGGUGACGUGAAAGAUAGAGUAGCAAUUCUUGUCGAUGAUAUGGCUGACACAUGUGGCACAAUAUGUCAUGCAGCAGAGAAAUUGGUGUCUGCUGGAGCUACUAAAGUUUAUGCCAUUCUCACUCAUGGCAUCUUUUCUGGUCCUGCCCUCUCUCGGAUUAAUAAUGCUUCAUUUGAGGCUGUUGUGGUAACCAAUACAAUCCCCCAAGAGGAGAAAAUGAAACACUGCCCAAAAAUACAGUUUAUUGACAUUUCCAUGAUCCUGGCAGAGGCAAUUCGAAGAACACACAAUGGUGAAUCUGUGUCCUACCUGUUCAGUCAUGUGCCCUUGUAACUGCAGGAGAUUACACUGCAUCUUUGCAAAGGUCCCUUAAGCUAGCACUGUUUUUAAUGAUGGACAUCAACCACAAGAAAUGAGUAUCUUUGUACAAUUCCAGAGCUUGUAUGUUUAAUCACCACUUGUUUGUUAUAAAUGGGCAAUAAAUCUCCAUCUUGAAGCAACCUUAUGAAUUGCCUCAAGAGUCU